AUGGCAUUAUCACACAUUACUCAAAAUGAUUUAUAGAAUAAUCCAUUUUAAAUAUGUUAUCUUAGAUACUUAGAGAUUGACAAUAAUUAGAAAUUGAUGAUGACGCUGUCAUUAUUUAAAUAGAACAUAGUUCAAUCACUUAAUAAAAAUUAUAGAUAAAUCAAAAUCUAAUCCAAUGAGCCCAUUUUUUAAUAAUAUGAAUUUUUUAAAUGA